AUGUGCCAGCCGGACCCUGCCGCCGCGCCCUCGGUGCUGGUGGCCGCGGGCUUCCACGGCAGCUUUUGUCCCCCAUGCUUCGCGUCUGGCCUACCCAGCCUCUGCUCCCACAAGCCGCCGGUCUGGUCGGCCAGCCUGUGUGUGCUGGACGUGCGCUGCCCCGGCAGCGGCGUCACCGCCCGCUACUCCGCGAUGCACCGCUCCAUCUUCCCCGCCAUACGGGCGUCUCGCGGGCACUAUAUCUUCACGAGUCACGGCAGUACCCCCAUGGCGGCCUGGGACCUGCGGAAGAUGGGGGCGGGGCCGCUGUACCAGGAGGAGCGGCUGCCUGGGGGGAUAGGGGGUGGCGACGGGGACGAGGUUGAUGACGAGGACGAGGAUACGUCGAGCGACGACGGCGCGUCGCUGGGGCAAUGGACGUCCAUGCAAGUGGACGGGGCGUCGGCCGCGAUGGGAGCGGGGGAAAGAGAGGAAGAGCUGCAAAAUGGAGAGGUGGAACAACAGCAGGCUGCAGCCGGCACGUGCCAGGGUGUGGGCGCGCGGGCGGCUGCGGCGGCGCCCGCGAGGCAUGCGGCAGCGGCGGGGAUUGCGGCGGAGCCGGCCGGCAAGACGCACCACGCCCUGUGGCUGGAGGCGAGCGAGGACGAGCUGCUGGGCCGGGACGAGCUCGGCAUCCUCGGCGAUUUCAAAUUUGCCCUUGCGCAACCAAAAGCCCUUUCCGCCAAGAUCUCUGAUGGCAGCAAGCCGUGCCCGCUUCCUGCCACCUUUUGA